GAGACCCAUCCAGGUCUCACGCAUGCGCAGUACCGUGGACUACAAUUCCCGCCCUGCACCGCGCGCGUCCGCCGCGCCGGAAGCCCCCCGGAAAUGGUAGUUGCGGGGGUCCGUGUCCGACCUUUGUGCUGGGAGCGGGCAGGUUUGGGGAAGAGGCGGUGAGCAAGGAACCCGAUGCGGGGAAGCGCACUCGGAGAUGGCUUCGGCUGGAGGCGGCGACUGCGCGGCCUCGGCGCCGGACGCGGACCGCCCUCACCAGCGGCCCUUCCUGAUCGGGGUGAGCGGCGGCACUGCGAGCGGGAAGUCGACCGUGUGUGAGAAGAUCAUGGAGUUGCUGGGGCAGAACGAAGUAGACCACCGACAGCGGAAGUUGGUCAUCUUAAGCCAAGACAGGUUCUAUAAGGUCCUGACAGCAGAACAGAAGGCGAAGGCCUUGAAGGGACAGUACAAUUUCGACCACCCAGCUGGGCUGGCUUGCUUUUGUCCUAUCUCUGCAGAUGCUUUUGAUAAUGACUUGAUGCACAGGACUCUGAAAAACAUUGUGGAGGGCAAAACUGUUGAGGUCCCCACCUAUGAUUUUGUGACCCAUUCAAGGUUACCGGAGACAACAGUGGUCUACCCUGCAGACGUGGUUCUCUUUGAGGGCAUUUUGGUGUUCUACAGCCAGGAGAUCCGGGACAUGUUCCACCUGCGCCUCUUUGUGGACACUGACUCUGACGUCAGGCUGUCGCGAAGAGUUCUUCGGGACGUGCACCGUGGGAGGGACCUGGAGCAGAUUCUAACACAGUACACCACGUUUGUCAAGCCAGCCUUUGAGGAGUUCUGCCUGCCGACAAAGAAGUAUGCCGAUGUGAUCAUCCCUCGAGGGGUUGACAAUAUGGUUGCUAUCAACCUGAUUGUCCAGCACAUCCAGGACAUUCUAAACGGUGACAUCUGCAAAUGGCACCGAGGAGGGUCCAAUGGGCGGAGCUACAAGAGGACGUUUUCUGAGCCUGGAGACCAUCCUGGGGUGCUGACCUCUGGCAAACGGUCCCACUUGGAGUCCAGCAGCAGACCCCACUAAGGAGCCAGAUUUGUUGCUCCCUCAGCCUCCUGGGCAGGCUCCCCGAUAGACGUGUGUACAGCGACUGGGCCCCGAGAUGUCCACCCCACCCCUAACCCACAACCACCACUUUUUUCUGCAUAUGUUACAGGGGGGUGAUGUUACUCAAACGAGAUUCGUCAGGAUAGUGGCAGGGCAUUCCGGGGUUUUCUCUGCUUCCUCAUGCUUAAGGAGUUUUGAAAAUCUCUAGGUCACAGAGAAAUGCCAUGGUAAGCCUCUUACGCUUGCUCCCAGAAGGAGUGCAAGUCAUGUGUUUUUUGAAAAAUGCCAGGACACUGGCUGGCCCAGUUUCUUUCUCAGACUGACAGCGAAUGCAGUUUAAGGAAUACGUUUUACAGCGUGCUCCAGUUCACACAGACACGACUCGGGAUAACUACUUCCCCUCUCUACACGUUACUCAGCCUCAUGUUUUCAGUUUUAUUUUACUUUAUAACACAGCGCUGGUUGUAACCCAUCAUCAGCUUAAUUUCAUGACCUGCUCAUGGGUUGUGAUCCAGUUUGAUAAACACGGAUCUGAGAAGCCCUAGAGCCUGAGCCCUCCUAGCUGUGCCUCAAAGACAGUUAGGAAGGAACCCUGGGUCUUCUGUUCACCUGGGGCCCGUGAGCCUGGCUGGCCCUGGCACGGUGGGGCAGGCAGUUGGCAGUCUCACCUAGUUCUGGCUGCAACAUGCAGCAUCUGCAGCAGACAGCUCUGCACAGGCUGGGGCCACUGCCCCAUCCUACAGACUCGGGCCACCUGAGCCCUGGGUGCUGCCUGAGCACAGGCUGUCCCUAGUGCAACUCCACCCAAGGGACCUGCUGGCUUGUAGAGGGUCAAGUAAGUGUUGCUGUACACACCAGUCAGUCUCCCCUACGCUCACUCAGAGUUCAUAGCCACAGUCAUUAACAAGUGGUGACCUUUGCUCUCUGAGCUCCUGGUUCAUCUUUCCUCCCACAUAACGGCUGUUUCUGUAAAAGUGAUCCUUUCCACCGCCAUGAGCUAAGCUGCAUGGGCACUUUUCUGAUUCCUUUCUACCAAGUAUAACCCACUGUACUUACAUGAGACAUGACAUUAGUUAGCUCCUGGGGCUGGUUCUGAUAUAUGGCUCUGGAGCAGUUUUGUCAAACUUAUUGUGCCCUUUUGGAGCGAGAAUCAAUAAAUAAACACCAGACACUAA